UUGGGGGAGGGGCGGGAGGGCGUGGGGGGCUCGGAAAGGAACGAGGAGGAGACACACUGCUGACUUUUUUUUUUUCCCUCUCUCUCACGCGUGGAGGACUAGAUGGCAGGGGCUCAGCCAGGAGUCCACGCGCUGCAGCUCAAGCCGGUGUCCGUGCCCGAGAGCCUCAGACGGGGCAACAAAUUCAUGAAAUGGGACGAUGACUCCACCACUGUGAGCCCCGUGACGGUAACCGUCGACCCCAAAGGCUACUUCCUGUACUGGACGGACCAGAACAAGGAGACCGACUUACUGGACAUAGCGUACAUCAAAGAUGCCCGCAAUGGAAAAUGCACCAAAACGCCAAAGGAGGCGAAGCUACGCGAGCUGCUGGACGUCAGCACGCUGGCGGGAAAGCUGGAGAACAGGAUGCUGACGGUGGUGAGCGGCACCGACAUGGUCAGUGUCACAUACCUGAACUUCAUGGCCUUCCAGGAGGAGACAGCCAAGGAAUGGGCGGAGGAGCUGUUCAGCCUGGCUUCCAACCUGCUGGUGCAAAACAUGUCCAGAGAGGCCUGCCUGGAAAAAGCAUACACGCGACUCAAGCUGCAACUCAACCCUGAAGGUCGAAUCCCCGUCAAGAACAUCUUCAGGAUAUUCUCGUCGGACCGCAAGCGGGUGGAGACGGCGUUGGAAAACUGCAACCUUCCGUCCGGCAGAAAUGACUCCAUCCCCCAAGAAGACUUCACGCCAGAGGUAUACAACCUGUUCCUCAGCAACAUCUGCGCCCGGCCCGAGCUGGACCACAUCUUCUCGGACGUGGGGGCAAAGAGUCGUCCGUACCUGAGCGUGGAGCAGAUGACGGAGUUCAUCAACAGCAAGCAGCGAGACCCCCGACUCAACGAGAUCCUGUACCCGCCCCUUAAGCCCGAGCAGGUCCAACAGCUGCUGGACAAAUACGAACCCAACGCCGCGCUCGCGCAGAACGGUCAGAUCUCGGUGGAGGGCUUCGCUAGGUACCUGAACGGCGAGGAAAACAGCAUCAUCCCCCCGGAGAAGCUGGACCAGAGCGAAGACAUGACCUUUCCCCUCUCACACUAUUUCAUCAACUCCUCGCACAACACUUACCUCACAGCGGGGCAGCUUGCGGGCAACUCGUCUGUGGAGAUGUACAAGCAGGUGCUUCUGUCCGGCUGCCGCUGCAUCGAGCUGGACUGCUGGAAGGGACGCACCACAGAAGAAGAGCCCGUCAUCACUCACGGCUUCACCAUGACUACCGAGGUCUCCUUUAAGGAGGUGAUCGAGGCCAUCGCAGAGUGUGCCUUUAAGACCUCGCCCUUCCCCGUCAUCUUGUCUUUCGAGAACCACGUGGACUCACCCAAGCAGCAGGCCAAGAUGGCCGAGUACUGCCGCUCGAUAUUUGGUGACGCUUUGCUGACGGAACCUCUCGAGAAAUAUCCCUUGGAGUCCGGUGCGCCUCUGCCAAGCCCGAUGGAACUGAUGGGCAAGAUCCUGGUGAAGAACAAAAAGAAGCACCACAAGGCCUCGUCGGACGGCAGCGCCAAGAAGAAGCUGUCAGAGCAAGUGUCCAACACCUACAGCGACUCGUCCAGCGUUUGCGAGCCGUCCUCGCCCGGAGCCGGUUCCACAAAGGAGGAUGUGACUGAGUCCUCCCAGCCAGCAGAGGGCGCCGAGCUCAGCCUGAGGCCACAGGGAAGGAAGUCCAUCGGUGAGGUGGAGGCUGAAAGCGAGGACGAAGACGACGACGACGACGACUGCAAAAAAGGAUCCAUGGACGAGGGCACGGCAGGCAGCGAGGCGUUCGCCACUGUGGAAAUGUCCAACCUGGUUAUCUACAUCCAGCCUGUCAAGUUUAACAGCUUUGAGGCUUCCAAAAAGGCAAGUCGCAGCUACCAGAUGUCGUCCUUUGUGGAGACCAAAGCUUUGGAGCAGCUCACCAAGUCUCCCGUGGAGUUUGUGGAAUACAACAAACUGCAGCUGAGCAGGAUUUACCCUAAAGGCACCCGAGUGGACUCGUCCAACUACAACCCGCAACUCUUCUGGAACGCCGGCUGCCAGUUGGUGGCGCUCAACUUCCAGACCGUCGAUCUGUCCAUGCAGCUCAACCUGGGCAUGUACGAGUACAACGGCAAGUCGGGCUUCCGGCUCAAACCGGAGUUCAUGAGGCGCCCCGACAAGCACUUCGAUCCGUUUACCGAGAGCACGGUGGACGGAAUAGUCGCCAACACGCUCUCCGUCAAGAUCAUCUCGGGCCAGUUCCUGUCAGACAAGAAAGUGGGCACCUAUGUGGAGAUGGACAUGUUCGGCCUUCCGGUGGACACCAAGCGCAAAGCCUUCAAGACCAAAACGUCGCAGGGCAACGCCGUCAACCCCGUGUGGGACGAGGAGCCCAUCGUCUUCAAGAAGGUGGUCCUGCCCACCCUGGCAUCGCUCAGGAUCGCCGUCUUCGAGGAGGGCGGGAAGUUCAUAGGGCACCGCAUCAUACCCGUGUCGGCCAUACGGCCAGGUUAUCAUUACAUCAACCUGAGGAACGAGAAGAACCAAACGUUGACUCUUCCUGCCCUCUUCGUCUACGUGGAAGUCAAAGAUUAUGUUCCCGACACGUUUGCAGACGUCAUCGAGGCUCUGUCCAACCCGAUCCGCUACGUCAACCUGAUGGAGCAGAGAGCCAAUCAGCUGGCUGCUCUCACCCUGGAGGAGGGCGGGGACGACGAGGCCGACAAGGAGGUGGAGGCGGGUAGCGACCCCCCCUCAGAGUCCAAGGCGGACCUCAGGGCCGCGGUGCCGGCCGAGAACGGACUGAGCCACGCCCCUUUUGUGCCCAAGCCCCCGUCGCUGGUGGGACAUCAGCCUCAAUCUGCAGGCUCUUUGAAACCUCCUGUGAAGACGGAGGACAUCAUCCAGAGCGUCCUCACCGAAGUGGAAGCCCUGACGCUGGAGGAGCUGAAGCAGCUCAAGGGCUUCGUACGCGAACAACGGAAGCAGUACAAGGAGAUGAAGGAGCUGGUGCGCAAACACCACCGCAAGACGGGCGAGCUCAUCAAGGAGCACACGGCACGCGUGGGCGAGCUGCAGAGCCAGCAGCAGCGGAGGCGCAGCGCCCUGCACAAGAUCCACAAACGAGAUGGUAAGAAAAGCCGGUCGGAGCAGUCGCUGUCCACGCUGGACCGCGAGCUGUGCGAUCUGGACCAGGACUGCGGCCGGCGUCUGUCUGAGCUGAAGGAGCAGCAACAGCAGCAGCUCCUCACGCUGCGCCAGGAGCAGUACUACAGCGAGAAGUACCAGAAGAGAGAGCACAUCAAGCAGCUGGUGGAGAAGCUGACCGCCCUGGCCGAGGAGUGUCAGAGUGCGCAGCUGAAAAAGCUGAGAGACAUCUGCGAAAAGGAGAAGAAGGACCUGAAGAAGAAAAUGGACAAGAAGAGACAAGAGAAGAUCAGCGAAGCCAAGUCCAAAGACAAGAACGUCGCAGAGGAAGAGAAGCUGGAGAUAAACAGGUCGUUUGUCAACGAGGUGGUGCAGUACAUAAAACGGCUGGAGGACGCGCAGAGUAAACGGCAGGAGCGUCUGCAGGAGAAACACAAGGACAUACGACAGCAGAUUUUGGAUGAAAGGCCAAAGCUGCAGAGUGACCUGGACCAGGAGUACCAAGACAAGUUCCGCCGGCUGCCCGUGGAGAUCCAGGAAUUCGUCCAGGACAGCGGCAAGGCCAACCCGGCCGCUCCCUCCUCCUCCUCCUCCGCCGCCUCCACGGCCGAGCGGCUCAACCACAAAGCGUCGCAGUCGGAGGACGACACCGAGGAAGCCUCGCUGGAGCGGGUCUACGACACGCCCCUUUAGAGACGCACAUAGCGUGUGUUUGCCGACCCAUCGUAGGACUCAGUGUGGUGAGUAGCGGUGGUCCGGACCCACGUGUACAUAGUAACUUUGUUGUAUUUGUACGUCACCUGUGUGUUGUCGACGCUAUUUGGGUGCGACCACAGUUUGUGUCACUAACUAUUGAAGGAAUAACUUACUUGAACUAUUGCACAUUUUCCUUUUCUAUCAUGUUGAUGUCUGGUCAUCAUUUACUCCUCUAAUGUGUUUUUUUGGGGGGGGGGUUUGCACAGACCGCUCACCUCCCGAUAUAGUGACCCGAAAUAAUUUUCUUUUCGUUCUCACGAAACGACGCUGCUAUUUCCUUUCAGUGCCACCAUUUUACCACCGAUCGAUGUUGUUUGUGCAAAUGUUUGAUUUGACCAGGAUGUGUACAGUUUCUGCAUGUACUCAAAUUAACUGUAGAUGUAACGGUAGCUCUGUAGCAGUCGAUUUGAAAGGCGGGAUGACUAAAUGAAUUAUAACAAAUAUUCAAGCAUGUAGGAUUUUUAAAUUUUUUUUGUGGAUCAUCUUUAUACAGUGAACCCCCCGCAUAUUUGUCGUACGGGGUUUGAGAAUUCAGCUAUUUGCUGAACCCAUUUUUCGCUGCUUUUGUGUUCAGGCAAGGAAGUGUUAAAGUGAGUUGAGGAGUUUCAUUUAGACAAAAGUAAUCCAUUGUCGCCAUCUUGUGGCAUCUGUCAGCAAUUACAAACCCUUUUGUGGCAGUUACUUGCAGAUUUUCGCUAUGGUGGCACCAAUAUCUAAUUCAGUGUGUCCUACACAUAUUUGGCUAUUUGACACAUAUUUUACAUUAGGGAAAUCUCACAAAACAAAACAAAAAACUGGUUUAAUUUUAUUUAAUUGUCAUUUAAAACAUUUAAUUGUUCUGUCUGUCACUAUACAUUGCUGGCACAUUAUUUUUUGUAAACAAAUGAUUGAAAUGAUUAUAAUAAUUUCCUGCGGCACACCUGAUGAUAUUUCACAGCAUGUUGCAGUGCUUUUGAAUCCGUGAUCUAAUCUAUUAUAAUAAUUUCAUCCAUCCAUCCAUUUUCUGAGCUGCUUCUCCUCACUAGGGUCGCGGGCAUGCUGGAGCCUAUCCCAGCUAUCAUCGGGCAGGAGGCGGGGUACACCCUAAACUGGUUGCCAGCCAAUCGCAGGGCACAUACAAACAAACAACAUUCGAACUCACAUUCACACCUACGGGCAAUUUAGAGUCCCCAAUUAAUGCAUGUUUUUGGUAUGUGGGAGGAAACCGGAGUGCCUGGAGAAAACCCACGCAGGCACGGGGAGAACACGCAAACUCCACACAGGCGGGACCGGGGAUUGAACCCUGCUCCUCAGAACUGUGAGGCUGACGCUCUAACCAGUCGACCACCGUGCCGCUUAUAAUAAUUUAUUUUAAUUAAUUUUAUUUAAUUUUAAUUCCGUAUAAUAAUAAGUGACUCAGUAACUGCAGUAAUAUUUGUCAUUUUUUCACAAAGGAUAAAAAAAAAUGCCUGCAAGUAUUGUCAUAGUCUGUCUACAUGUGCUGCUCCACUGUUUGUGUUCAAAUAUUCGUUGCAUAAAGCGGUAUAACGCCACCACAUAGAUUCUUUUCGUUUGCCCGUCUGUGGCAUUUCCCAUAAUGUGUUGAUUGUUCUCUAUUUUGUGAAGUGAGUUGAGUUCACUGCCACCAUCCAGGGCUUGUAUCGCACAUUUUUGGCUCUCAAGUCAAAGCUCUUAUAUCUCAAGGCACCACUGUACCACAUUUAAUUCACCAUUAAAACACCAAAACCAAAACAAACAAAUGGGAUAUAACAAAUAAAAAGUUAUCCAUUUAAAAAAAUUCAAAUACCAGCCCCCAUUCAGGCAAAUGAAGAACUGACAGGAACAACAGGAAAAGAUAGUCUGAAAGACACUUGCCACGGUAAUGAUUUUUAAAAAGAACAGUACAGGGAUUGUGAGACUUGACUUAUCUGAAUAAAAUAUAAAAUGCCUCUCUGGAAAGAGUAAAAACAAGGCCCCCGGGCACUGCCCCUUCAGAAUAACGGCCUCCAAAAAUACAUGGGGGGGACAAGCUGACACCAUUUGAAAGUGGUUGUUUUCAUUUCAUCUACUCCAAAUGAAAUGAUGUCACUUUUCAACUACUAAUAAUACUAAAAAGCCAACUUCAUCUAAGAGCAACAGCCAGAAUUGUUCAUGUUUUUGUUACUGAUUGACGGAUUUCAUUUGAUAUUUCAUCUGUUUUUAAAAUAUACAAGUAUAUAUAAUGCCGGCAAAGUAGAAAACAAAAGGACUCUUUCAGUGGCUGAACGUAGGACAAGUCCCGUGCCUUUUUUUGCAUCCGUUUGCCUUGUUGUGAUGUUGAAUGUGUGGAAUGCGUCCCGCCGUUAUUAUUAUGAAAAUGAUGAAGAAUCUGUGUGAUAUUUAAUACUUUGGUACCACUACUGACAGAGUAACACUUGUGGAAGAGCAGUAUGAGAUUGUGACCACAAAAGCGAAGGGGGGAAAAAAACAGCCUUUUUAUUCAUUUAGUUACUAAUUUAUGCAACGUCUUGACUGACUACUUGAUUUAUAGCGUCACUCCUCCGCUACUGCAUUUGAACGUGUAUGCACUCUGGAAUUGUAAAUGUAUAUAUAUAUAAAGACAUAUAUAUAUAUGUCGUAUGCCGUAAAAGCGAAAACAUGACGUGGAUCAAAUAACAGUAUCAUGUAAAGAAAAUUUGUUUGUAAUUAAAAAUAAAUGUGGUUAUAAUUAUUGUA